CAUUUCGCUCUCGAGUGUUAAGCAUCGCGGCUGUAGCUCACAGUCUAAGCGGAUCCAUUUUUCAUUUUGUCACCAUCAUGAAGAGUUCUCUCAAAAUGUGCCUGGGUCUGGUCGUGCUCCUGAUUUGCCUGCUCUCUGGCAAUGCCUCUUUGGAGAGGGAGAUGGACAACAACGAAGUGAAUAACUUGUCAAAUCACAAACUCAGCGGAGUUAUACAAUGGAAGUACGAGAAGCGACCAUUUUGCAAUGCAUUCACAGGUUGUGGCCGCAAGCGUACCUCGUAUCCCUCUUAUCCGCCCUUUUCGCUAAUUAAACGCAAUGAGAUUGACGAUAAGCCCUAUAAUAAUGAAUAUUUGUCGGAGGGACUGAGUGAUUUGAUCGACAUCAAUGCCGAACCAGCUGUUGAGAAUGUGCAAAAGCAAAUAAUGUCCCAGGCGAAGAUCUUUGAGGCCAUCAAGGAGGCCAGCAAGGAGAUUUUCAGACAGAAGAACAAUCGGAAAAUGCGCGAGAAUGGACAACGGCUACAAAUGCAGGAGGAUCGCGAGAAUAUGUAAAUGACAACUAACUAAGGCCGACCCCGAUUUUGUUAUUGUAUAUAACACAUAUACAUACAU